GCUGCUUGGUGGGCCGGGCGAAAGAGCGCGCGGCGUUUGAAAAGGCAGCUCCGCCUCUUCCUCGGUGCUUUGCAACAGCUGAGAGCAAGGGGUGGAAGUCGCUCUUUACUUCCAAGGCGUGUUUCUUCCUCCCCUCCUCAUGCCGGUCGCCUUUUUUCUAAAAGAGGGAGAAAACGGCGUUCUGAAUAUUGCUCUAGGCGUUUGUAUCUUUUGCACCAGUCAUCUUUCUGUGAAGAACAGCCAGCUCAAAUCAAAGAGGCGGUUCUGUUUCUUUGCAUACUUUGAUUGGAGUCCUUCCUGAACCGGAGUUAAGAUCUUCUGCAGAGAAAAGAUCUUGGGAUGCCCAGACAAAGCCGCAAAACAGCCAAAUUGGCUUCCACCCCUCCUCAACAUGCUCCUGCCAAUACAACAACAUUGGACUUCAGUGUUUUAAAAAGAGCCCAGUUGCAGCAGCUCUGUAAGAAACUGGGAAUUCGAGCCACAGGGAAGAAUUCAGAACUUUUGAAAAGACUGGAAGCCUUUCACAAAGACCCUUUGUGUGAAACAGUAAAUACCAACGAAGAAAACACAAAGAAUGAAGAGAAAGACCAAAAACUUCAGGCUCCUCUACCACCUCCUCCUGUGGCUUUGAGCAAGGAAAUAAAAUCUGAAGUGUCUGAAACAGAGCUUAUCCGUGGCUGGUGUGUAGUCCAUGGGAUGGUACUUUACCGCCCAGAAUCCAGCUGGUUUCCUUUGCUGCUCCGUGGUGGCAUGAUCUAUGUCCAGGAUGGGGAGAACUACGUCUCUUUUAAUCUCCCUGUUACAAACCUCUCGGUUCCUGAAGGUUUAUCCGACAACUACAUCUGUGAAGAGUGUGUGCUGAGGAACCAAGAAAAGUUAAAGAAACAUCCUAUGAACCAGCAAAUACGAGGAAAAAGUAAUCAAGUUUCUAUAGCCAAGGACAUGAACCCUCGUCAAGACAGCACAGCUCAGCCUUCACUCCUGGUAACAAACACCUCCAGAGACAAGAGAAGGACAAUAGAAAUUAGGAAACUCUACCAGCCACAAGAGGAUGAAGCUUAUGCUCAGCGGGUGGAUGGGCUGCUUUCCCUGAUGGCCCGUGGUGAACUUGGUAUGGACCUCGCUCUGCGUCCUGUCCAGCCCCUGGUUGUCCAUUCUCCAGCACCUUUUGAGAGAUGUGAACGCCCAAGAAAGAUGAUCUGAAAGAAACAUUUUAUCAUAGUAUACUUUUUCUAUAUAUAUAAUUGACAUUUUAACCAUUUAAUUUUUUCUAUUGUUAAUAAAGUCCUUUUUUCUAUUGUUAA